AUGGAGAGGCCCAACGCCAGCGCGGGUGCCUCCUUCAUCCUGGUGGGCUUCUCCGACCAGCCCCGGCUGGAGGCCGCCCUCCUGGUCGUGGUCUCCGUCUUCUACGUGCUGACGGUCCUGGGCAACGGCACCAUCGUGCUGGUGGCCCGGCUUGACGCCCGGCUGCACACGCCCAUGUACUUCUUCCUCACCCACCUGUCGGUGGUGGACCUCUGCCACAUGACCACCAUCGCGCCCCAGAUGCUCGUCCACCUGCGGGGCGCUGACCGGUCCAUCAGCCUGGCGGGCUGCGCCCUGCAGUUCUUCAUCACGCUGGGCCUGGGCGGCACCGAGUGUGUGCUGCUGGCUGUCAUGGCCUUCGACCGCUACGUGGCCAUCUGCCAGCCCCUGCACUACACGCAGCUCAUGCCCCCGCAGCUCUGCGGCUCCCUUGCCGGGGCCUCCUGGGCACUGGGCUUCAGCAACUCGCUGGCACACACAGCCUAUGGGCUGUCGCUGCCCCGCUGUGGCCACGUCCGCAUCCACCACUUCUACUGCGAGUCUGUGCCCACACUGCAGCUGGUCUGCGGGGACGUGCGCGCCUACCGCCGGGUCAUCUUCAUCGAGUGCAUCAUCCUCAUCGUCCUGCCCCUGCUGUUCAUCGUGGGCUCCUACGGCUGCAUCGGCUGGACCAUGGUGGGCAUGCGGUCCCCCGAGGGCCGGAGGAAGGCCGUCGGGACCUGCGGGUCCCACCUCACCGUGGUGACCCUCUUCUACACCACCCUCAUCUACAUGUACGUCAAGCCCAAGGGGGCCGUGUCCAAGUACGUGGACAGGUUCGUGGCCCUCUGCUACAACCUCGUGCCCCCCGUGAUCAACCCCCUCAUCUACACCUUGAGGAACAAAGAGGCCAAAGGCGCCCUGCGGAGGCUGUUUCUGAAGGGCUGGGGGAGAAUGUGGCGCCCAGCGUGUGGCCCCCGGGAGCAGGCCCCUCGAGGAAAGUGA